GUGAGAAGGAUGAACCUGUUGCUUUAAUAAUAAAUUAUGAUUAUUUGGUGUCAAUUUUGUAAUGGUUAAUCUUAAAUCUCAUCGCUAAUGAAGUCCAGUCUGUUUCUUUUUUUCGUUAGAUAUGACGAUGGAAAGGAAAUUAAAAAUUUCCUCGCUAUUUUCCAUAAUAUGGGAUAAGUAACGGGUAUGUUGUUUUGCAGCCAGAAUUGCUG